GAGACUUAUGUAAUAAUAAAAUAUGAGGGGCCUUGUCAUGUCAAAAAUGCUGGCACAUGGGAAUACACCAAUCUUCCACCGCCAGAGUCAUUGUUUGUUAAAAACUGUUCCGACCAACACGUUGAAUGCGCUCAACCCCUGGACUUCGAAAUAAUAAAUGGAAUAAUCUAUUUUGAAUGUUAUCACGGGAUUUAGUCACAAUAAACGAAAGUAAUAAUCACGAGACCAAGUGACGACUGUUUAAAUAUUCAUCUUCGCUAAACCAAUCACAAAAAAUGAUCGAAGGACGUCGCCCAAACAGAGAAGAACAACAACUUUCAACGAGUAUGGAGCAUCAGACUUCGUAUGGUUUAUCGUAUGGUUUAGUGCCUGCGAACACCGCGGAUAUUUGUAUCAGACCUUGCUACUAUCUCCUGCAGGCGCUGGGCAUGUGGUUACCUCGUGACCGCAGACAUCACGACGGCGCUCGACUUGGGAAGACCGUACGCGAAAUUUACUACGUUCUUAUACAUUUGUUAUUUGCCGUAUCGCUUGCGGCUGUAAUGUUAUUAGACUUUAUACACUACGGUUUCACUUUUAGCCCGAAGGGAGUCCAUAUUGCCGAUCUCAUGAACAGCGUUCCAACUUGCCUCAACCUGCUUUGUCCAUAUGUGUUCACGCGACUGUAUUUCAGUCGCGGUCAGUACACGGAGCUCGUCCUCAGCAUUCAAAAUCAAUCCACGCAUUACGCGUCGAAAUUGCGCGCAAAAGCACGACUGUAUACUCUGAUUUCCGUCACGGCCUGGUGUCUAUCUGCGGCGUUUUUUAUAUUUCACUGGAAGCCAUUCUUCUCGAGGCCUUGGCAUUACGUUUUGUACAUUGUUGUGAUCAUAUACACGACGGGUUGGUGGGCCGUAUGGCUGAGUAUUUACGCUUUCGUUUGCUACGCGCAUUCCCUGCAGAUCCAUUCACUCGUCGAGUGCAUGCGCUCGGAACAGACCAGCCCCGUGCAGGUGCUGUACAUGCAUCAGCAAUUGAGAAAUUCUAUCGACAGAACGCAAAGGGACUUCAAUUUUAUCAUAUCGUUCGCGAUAAGCUACCACGCUUUGGAUAUUAUCAUAUUUAGCUUCGCCUACUAUGACGACGCAUUCGGAAGGCACUACGCGCUGUGGCAGUACGCUGGUGGGGUGAUAUUCGAUUUGGGAACGAUACUGGUGAAGCUCUUUCCCCCCGCCGUUUUAGCGGCUGCGGUCCACCGUUCGCUCACCGCGGGGGCCAGACGAUGUGAAGUCACCCCAGGGUCCGAGAGACUGCCCAAAGAAAAUUUGCUUCUAUUCCAAUACAUGGUUAGCUGCGAGCGUGACAUGGGUCUGAAAAUUCUCGGAAUUCGUAUCACUGUGGAAAUAGUCGGGACCAUUCUCAUGACGAUAGUUACUGCAGCAGUCUCUUUUGUGGCCUUUGUUAUUCCUCGGUUAAAAUAGACCAACAUGUACUGUCUGUAUGGUACAAUAUCUGCUGUCAAGAUUCUUGCAGCCUUUAUGGUGUGUUUCUUCAAUUCCAGAUAUGUCAAUUUAUGGAAGUUAUGUCUAUGCAGCCCCACUGUAUUUGUUUAAUAUUUGUAUAAUUUAUAAGCGAGAAAUGUAAUGUUUACCCACCAUUUUGGAUUUUUGGCUGUCAGUGUUGUAGCAUUUCUAAAACAUGCAUAUACACUGUAAUGUUAUAUAGCAAACUAUGCCAGUGUACUUACAUCAUCAAAUUUGAAGCAAUCUGGAACUCUGACCAUGUCAGUGAUAUCAUCAUCAUUACCUCUGAAAGUGAUAUUAAAAAAGAUUAACCAAUUGAUGGGUCAGGUUAGUCUACAGUGCAGGUGUGCUAUAGUUUAUCUAUAUUUGGAAUUGUUGAACCAAGGGGAAUUAAAAUGGCAAACAAGAUAAACCAAUGGAUCAGGUUUGUGUACAGUGCAGGAGGUGUGCUACAAACUCUGAUUUUUAUUCACAAUUGUUGAACCAAAGGGAAUUGUAAUGGCAAAUAAAUAGGCACUAAAAAUGGUAUGUUUCAUGAUUCAUUAAAAGGGAUCUGGAUGAAUGGGUGGUGCAGGUUUGAUUUUUGCACUUGGUUUAACACGUAAUUUUGUCAGCAAAAAGAAACCUGUGAUUGGCUAUGAGUGAAUCACAAACAUGCAUAUGCAAGGUUACACUCAUUUUAGUUUGUGCUGCUGAGCUAUUGUGUUAAAUAUAGUACAAUUACUACAGCUUGCAUUGACGGACUUCAAAAAAUGUGCGAGAAAUCACUUUU